AGUUGCGCAUUGCACUUUGAGGUGCUCGGUUGUAUGUAGAUCUACGUCGCGUUGAGUUGUGUUUGUUGUGUCUCUGAGAGUUUAAAUCAAAUUCGGCAUUGCAUGCAAAUUAAAACUGGACUAUUAGCCGGCAAAUCGUGUAUUGAUUUUCAACUCAAUAAAGUGAACACCACAAUGUCUAACGAUAUGGAUGUUGAGCAGGCGACAGCACCAAUGACAACGACCACAAUCGAAGUCAAAGCGGUGCCUGUUGCUGUUAUUGAGGUAAAACCAACAGCAGCAACAGCACCAGCAACAGCACCAGCACCAGCACCAGCAAAAACAACAAAUGGCGAUAAUAUUUGCAAGGCGGCUGAGCAGCCCAAACCGCAACCAGUGGCGGCAAUAGCAACUCUGGCAACAAUAGCAGAACAAGUGCAGCCAACAAAUGCUGCCGUCGAAGCGACCACUAAUAAAGGCAACAACGACAAGUCCAAUAUGGAUCCGGCGCUGAUUAACUUUAAGGUGCUCUAUGUGCUCACUCAGCUGUGCGGUCUCACAAUGAUUGUGCUGGUGGGCACCUGGAUUGGGCAGCACUUUGGCGGCCUCGGCGGCACCGACAAUCCCAAGCAGGAAUUCAAUUGGCAUCCGCUCUGCAUGACCAUUGGCUUCAUUUAUCUGUAUGGCAAUUCCAUACUCGUUUAUCGUGGUUUUCGCACCACACGCAAGAAGACCCUGAAGCUCACCCACGCCGGCAUCCAUUUGGCCGCCUUCGUGCUGACGGUGAUUGCCCUGAAGACAGUCUUCGAUUCGCAUAAUUUGAACGAUCCGCCCAUUCCCAAUAUGUAUUCGCUGCACUCGUGGCUGGGCCUGUCGGCGGUUCUCAUCUUCUGUCUGCAGUAUGUUGCUGGAUUUAUGGCCUUUCUGGUCCCAGGCAUGCGGGAGACUUACAAGAUUGCACUGAUGCCACUGCACGUGUACUUUGGACUCUUUGGAUUCGUUCUGGCCAUUGCCAGUGCCGUAAUGGGACUCACCGAGAAGGCCAUCUUUUCACUGGGUGCCACUUAUUCCACGCUGCCCGCUGCCGGUGUUCUGACCAACAUUAUUGGUGUGCUCUAUGUGAUCUUUGGCGCUCUCGUUGUUUACCUGGCCACAGAGCCAUCGUAUAAGCGCAAGCCGCUGCCCGAGGACACGGCCCUGCUCACUGGUGCGGCAAAUGAGUAAAUUAUUGCGAACCGUACCCCAAUACCAGCUGCAAUUGCAUUACUUAAGCUCAAAACUGUGCACAAAAUCGUAACAUACCCAAAACAAAGAGUAUAAUUUUAACCGUUUGGUGCUUCGUAUUCGUUUUCGUUCAUGUUAGAGUUGAAAUGCAU